AUGAGCGACGAAGAUGAGCCGCUCAACUUUUCGACGUCAAAGCCUGCAGGUAAAUGAUCUCAUUCUCCGUAAUUUCCGCUUUGUCUAGCAGCUGGCAGCUAGACACAGACAAAGUUCCUAUUUUAAUCUUUUUGCGGCGUCUAGUUACACAUCCAAUCCUAUACUUUCUGACGUGUGCUCCGGAAAUUCCUCUAUAUUGUCCAAUUUUGCCUUCUCACUUGACACUUUUCUUCUCAUCAUCUCAUCUCUGGUGUGCCGACGUUACUUAUUAUUGUGCUACUGACAGGAAAUUAUGCAUCGUUGGAUCAGAAUGCACAUGACAUUUCCCGUCUUCUGUUUUUGAGCCGACAGAUCGAGAAUAAGCACAGUCUGACCCACCGAAAGCUCAUAAAUAUUUUUCAGACGAAGAUACGAAAGAAAGCCUCGUCGGUGUACGUUCUAUCUUCAACACUCCGCUUCUCUUUCCACCGCCAAUGUUCAACGCAGGUACGUGUCGUGCUAGAAUACAAAUUUAGUAUCUCAAGGUCAAUGAGAUUUGUAGACAGAUCAUUUCUAAGAAGAUUAUAAUUUUCAUUAAAAAAUUUUCAUUUCACGAUAAUUCACGCUGAAUUUGUUAAUCAAAAGCAAAAAACGAAUCAUUCACUGAUUGCUUUAGGCGUGAUUUCUCCGCACAUCGCAGCUGCGCUUGCAAUGUCUUUCAACCAACAGAGAAUGAACGCGAGUGUUACUCCUCCUCUGGACCAUACAACGAUUAGUGUGAACAGUUUUCCGUCAGUGGGCUCAAAUAAGACGGAAAGUCCUCCAACGGCCUCUUCGCCGACCUUGUGUUGCGCCGUUUGUGGGGAUGUGAGCAGCGGCAAGCAUUAUGGUAUAGGAAAAAGUCAGCGGAUUAGAAAUAUCACAGAAGGUUUCAGGUAUACUUGCUUGCAACGGAUGCUCCGGGUUUUUCAAACGGUCUGUUCGUCGGAGGCUGAUCUACAGAUGUCAGGCGGGGACCGGGCACUGUGUUGUGGACAAGGCCCAUCGCAACCAGUGCCAAGCAUGCCGUCUCAAAAAGUGCUUGAACAAGGGAAUGAACAAAGAUGGUGAUCAGUGACCUGGAAAGGGGGAAUCACUAACUAGUCACUUGCAGCAGUUCAAAAUGAAAGACAGCCACGAAACACUGCAACGAUCCGACCGGCUCUGGACAUGGAUCCGCAGCACUUCUUCCGAGAGUACGCCGGCGCUGUCUCGGCCAUCAUGGGACAUUCGAACAUGGUGAAGAGAGAGGAUUCACCAUCCAGUGCUAGUGACGGAAAAACUGAGGAUGAGAAGGUAACCGGUUCACGGAUAAACAUUUAUGGGAUAGUUUUGUAGAAAGACAGCCUGCAAGAAUCGGCAAUGUCGCACUUGGAGAGUGCUUUGAAGUGGGCUCAACAGUUCCGUCUGUUCAGUGUUCUGUCUGAAUCUGAGAAGGUAGAUAGAAUGCUUAUUGUGAAGCAUGGUUCCUUAUAUUGUAUCUUCCAGCGCCAAGUUAUUCUAACCCAGUGGCCACGUCUGUUGUGUGUCACAAUGUGCGAGCAAGCCGAAGAGAAUUGCUUCGACGAGCACCUCAGCUGCCUGAUACUCAAAUUCCGACGUCUGGACGUUUCGCCAGCGGAAUUCAAUUGCUUGAAAGCGAUCACCAUCUUCAUGAAACGUAAGUUUGAGAAGGGAGAAAUGGAGGACGAAGGGAGCAACGGGGCAAGCAUCAUUACCGUAUACCCCCGGAGAGGAGCACCCGCUCUUUCUCUUUCUCUCUCCGCCGUUGCCGGAGCGUGAUGGGUUUCGGCAAUUGUAUUAUCCUCUCCUCGCGCUGGUCUUUCUACCAAAGGCAGAUAUGUGAUACAGCGGCAUGCCAUUAACUCUUUACCCGCCUGUGUCCCCGGGGCUCGUCUGCGCUUCCAAUGUCUCGAUGCUCCAUAAGGUUACGGCGCGAAAAGGUAAUUUAGGAGGAGUUGCUCAUCCGCCCGCUUAUUUGCUUGGCUCCGGAUACACAUCCGAAUUUGAUACUUUUUAUUUUAUGUACACUCUCUUCCCCAUGGGUCAAACAUUUGGAUUGGUUACACGAAAACUGGAGGGGGAAAGAUUGAAUACCACGCCAUCAAGCAGAGAUGGAGAAACCGACAAUUCUAUUUUCAGCGAGCGAAGAUUCACAGUACGAGUACGAAGAACAGCUGGACCAGAGCAUCUGUCUCCUCCAGCAAUGCUGUCUCAAACUUGAUUCUUCACCUUCUCGAUUUGGAAAACUUCUUCUCCUUCUUGCUGAAAUUAAAUACUGCCCAACUAACAACAUUGAAUCUCUUCUCGAUACUAAAAUAACUCAACUUCUCAACCGAUUUCUGUAA